AUGAAAGCCCUUAACGGGAGAGAUGUCGCUAUUGCCGGCGUCGUUUGUUUCAUAGCAUGGGGCUACGCUGUAGCCUGGUUUCCCAGCAUCCGAUGGGUCGGCCAUGCUUUUGUCGCCGGGCUUGUCGUCGCCCUCGCUGGCAUCCUGCUGCUUAUACUCGGAACAUCCCGUGGCUCCGUUUAUAACCAGCGACAUAAGUCAUCGCGACCUAACGGCGUUACUUUCGCGGCCCCUGGAGUUUGGCGCAAGGAGAUCAUCUCGCUAAAAGCUCGACAAACCUACAUUAAAGCGCCCCUCUAUGCAGAAUCUCCUGCCCUGUCGCGUGCUUUGGACGAUUUGCUCGAGUUAAUUAUCCGGGAUUUUGUGACGUCGUGGUAUUCGAACAUCAGCAAGAACCCGGUCUUUGCCAACGCCGUAGAUAAGGCCAUACGACGUGUCCUCGUCGCAAUCCAAGCACGUUUGUUCGAUGUCGAUCUAGUCGAGGUUAUCACUAGUCGAGUAGUUCCGAUUUUUACAGCCCAUUUCCGAGAUGCCUACGAUGCUGAGAGAGCAGUGCGCGGCCGAAAGCUGAAUCUUGACGUUACGGAAUCGGAAGAGUUGGAUUUAGCUAUUGCUUCCAAGUACAAUGAUGGGAAGAUACACUCCGCUGUGUCUUUGGCGUACUCAGACACGAAACUCGUGCAACAAGACUAUUUGCGACAAAUGGUGGUAGGGAUAUUGCCGAAAGUGCUUCCUAAACGACUACUUGAAAGCCGUGCCGUGUCUAGUAUUGUGCGGGAGAUCGUCUCCUGCGCUGUACUGUUUCCAGUCGUGCAGCUCCUCUCGGAACCAGAUACGUGGAAUCAAUUGAUGGAAAAUUACGGUCGUUCCAUGCUACAAGAUCGUUCCACCGUCCGCAAACUGCGGGCUGCUCUAGACGCUCACGCUGUUCCGGCGCCAAGUUCUUCCAAAUCAAUUGCUUUCCCACGAUUAGCCCCCGGAGAUGGCGAGCGUCGCUUCGAGAGGUUUAUUCGGACUAUCCGCAAGAUGACUAAUCUAUCCGAUGCGCGACGAUUCCGCAGCGAAGUAGCAAGUCAGUUAAAGAAGGACGCCCAGCAGCAGGGACACGAUCAAGUAUAUCUGCGGCGCCUAGAAAUGGGCAAGAGGCUUCUCGACCAAAGAGUACAGCAAUUAGCUGCAAGUAGCGAUAGACGACCGGUGCCGCUGUCGAGCCAUACCAUAACUAGUUCAGGAACUUCCCGACUAGAACAUGCAUCGCUAGUAGAAAUUUUACGAGAUAUAUCUGGGCUUUCUUAUUUUAUGGAGUAUAUGGACAGACAAAACCUUAUGCCACUCGUCCAAUUCUGGCUAGUGGUAGACGGCUUUCGAAACCCCCUCGAGGAUGAUGCAGCCGAAGAUGAUGCGUUGCCUUCAAAUCUCGCCCCUUGGACAGAUUCAGACCGGGUUGAUCUCGCGCAGAUUGACCAGGCGUAUCUCUCACGCCCAGAAUUGAAAAUUUCUCCAAAUGCGCGACAGCCGAUCCGUGAAUUUCUUGAUGCUGGAAAAUCAGCCACUCCAGAACAAUACUAUAGGGCCCGUCGGGCCGUGUUAAAAAUCCAGAGCUCAGUGCUUGAGAGCAUGCAGUCUAGACAUCUCCAGGCUUUCAAGAAGUCGGAUUUAUUCUACAAGGCGUUAGCUUCAGAAGAAGCGGCUAAGACCAGUACAUUGCCUCGGCAACAGGCGCAGGCAGGGCCUUCGACAAGUCCGCAGCUUCAGAGAAGCUCUCACUCGUUCACUCCGAAGCCGAGUUUGGUAGCACGCCUUAACCCGAAGCUGAGUGUGCCCAGUAGUCAUCUUAAAAGAGGCCUGUCGGCUUCAGACUUGAAGAAUGUUAGCACUAAUGGCGCUCUGAGUCCCGAGCCACAGUCUGGGCAUCGAAGAUCCAUGGAUGAGAACGCUAGUUCACCUCUAUUUGAUGACGAUGAUUUGGAGAAUGACACUUUGGGAGACUCGGUGCAAAGUCUCGAUCAGGAACCCUCUAAGACUGUGCCAGAUACCCAGGUUGUCCAAGCAAUGGAGGCGGCCCUGAUCGAUAUUAUGGAAGAUGAACGUCCUCGAACAGCCGAAGACUUGCGCCAAUCGUUAUUUAGCGCUGAUGAUGGUGCUUCCAGCUUGUUCUCUGGCCAAGAUAACGAGUCCAUUGAUGUUCAACGGCCACUUGCCUCUGGUAAAGAGGUUGAGAAACCUAGCCUGGCUUCGCUUGGUCUAGUUAGCGCGGCGUCCAGAAUUGGAGUUUUCAUGGACGAUGAUCUCUUUAAUGACGAGGAGAAGCUUCUUUCCGACGAGCAAGAUGAGAUUGAUGCAGAACAGCAUACCGACGUCGAAGACGAAGUACAUGAAGCCGCGCCUGGUGAUCUGGGUCUGGCCGAGGCUAUCACUAUCUUGACCAAUGAUAUUGAUCGGCUUAUUGCUCAAGACGCUGUUCUUGAGUCACUAAUGAAGAAAGCAGAGCUGACCAACAACACAGCAGAACUGCGUAUCUUACGGAAAUCGAAGGCCAGCCUUCAGAGAGAACUAAGACGUAAGGAAUUGCAAAGGCAGCAAUAUGUCAUACAAGAAAGCGAUAAUAGUCUUUACGGGCGUGCUUCUAUCAAAAUCAAGUCAAUACAAGUUGGCCGUGAUGAUGAUGGGAAGGAAUUUGCGGUCUAUGUCAUUGAAGUUCAGCGGAAUGCUGGAGAAAAAAUGCCGGCAGCUACCUGGAUUGUCACAAGGCGAUACAGCGAGUUUCACGAACUUCAUCAGAACCUACGACAUAGAUAUCCAUCCGUGCGAAAUCUAGACUUUCCCCGACGAAGGAUGGUGAUGAAACUGCAGAGCGAAUUUUUACGGAAGAGGCGAGAGGCCUUGGAGAAAUACUUGCAAGAACUUCUCCGCCUACCCGAUGUAUGUCGCAGCAGGGAUUUAAGAGCCUUUUUAUCCCAGAGCGUAAUCCAUCAGGGAGAGGAUUUGAUGAGUCGCGAAGAUAAGAAAGACAUGAUGACACGCCUUUAUGACUCGGUAGCCGACGGAAUGGAAGAUAUCCUUGGCAAUAUCCCUGUGCUUGACCAGCUCUCUCUCGCCGGUCAGAACUUGAUUGCAGCAGCUACUAGCCAGAUGAGCACAAUGCCUCUUAGCAUCAACGAAGACGGCGCAACAACCGCGGAAGCAGAGGCCGAGUUGAAUGCGUUCGAAAACAAAGAACUCGAGCCUUUUAUCAAGCCCAUCUGCGACAUAUUCCUGGAAAUAUUCGGUCUCAAUCGAGGGAACAACUGGCUCCGCGGUCGGGCAGUUGUUGUUGUAUUGCAUCAAAUGCUAGGUGGUACCAUUGAACGCAAAGUACGCGAUAACUUCAACAUGCUAAUGCAGGAAGACGCUCUGCUCAAGUAUAUUGGGCUCCUCCGAGACAGCAUGUGGCCACAAGGGCAGCUCAACCGGAACCGGAUACCGCGUACGUCUUCGGAGAAGGCAAAUACUCGUAGAGAAGCAAGCCUGAUGCUCGCCACGUUAGUCCCAGACCUCGCGGGCAACGUGGUAGGACGCGCCAACGCUCAAGCUGCUAGUCGCCGGAUUUUUGCCACGCUUAACAACCCAAGACUCAACUCACACUUGGUCUUUACCAUCAUGGACGAAAUAGUUGAUAUUAUUUUUGCGGAGCCUUGA